CUGGUGCAGCCAAACCAUUCAUCUUUUACUGCAUGAAUAUAUAUGUAGCGAGAGUUAACAAUACAUCAGUUUAUGGCAACAUGCUUUUGUAAGCUGCUAAACCUGACGCGAGUGAUAACUGUAUUGAUCACCAGUUCCUGCGCAAAGACCCACGCAAGCUGUCAUCGUAUAAGCCGCUCAGAAAACAGAUCCAUGAGAUCACAUGAGCUUUAAUCGUUGGACUAUUUCCGCGUUGGUUCAGACACACAAUGGAGGAGCUGUGAAGCGAGCACGAUUCAUUUUUUAACGUGUCGCAGGGCUGUGGAUCGAGCUGGGGGGAACAUCGGGCAGAAGGAGACGCACGGACACACGGCGCUCCGCAGUCAUGCUCACUCGCGUCAAAUCCGCCGUGGCCAGCUUCAUGGGUGGAAUCAUGGCCGGUUCGUCUAAUAAUAAUAAUGAACGAUCGGGUGGCCCGGACCUGCCACUUAAAUACCCUUACAUGAGACCCAAGUUUCUGGGAUUGUCCGCAGAUGAAAUAGAGUGCUCGGCGGAUCACAUCGCCAGACCUAUCCUGAUCCUGAAAGAGACUCGCAGGUUGCCGUGGGCGACGGGAUACGCCGAGGUGAUAAAUGCAGGCAAGAGUGCUCUGAAUGAGGACCAGGCAUGCUGUGAGGUUGUACUGGUUAAGAAGAGACCUAUAGGAUCCUUGACACCCAGAAAGCUGGCUACAAGUAGAAGGAGGUCGUCUCUUCCCAAUAGUGAUGGCAUGGGCACGUUCGAAAGUAAUGAUUGUGUAUGUCCACAAGACUCAGAAGGACUGGUCUUCCAUUACUGGGCUCUGUUUGAUGGUCAUGCUGGCUCAGGAGCGGCAGUGGUGGCUUCCAGACUGCUACACCAACACAUUGUGGAGCAGCUCCAAGGUGUUCUGGAGAUCCUGACUAACUUGGCGUCUCUUCCCCCAACUGUACUGGGUGAAGAACCCAACCACCACCCAUCCCCAGGCACACAACGGGCCCUCACCCGGGCUGCCUCUCUACGUGGUGCCACUGGUGCUCCUGGCUCCCCCUGCACCCCUCCAACACGGUUCUUUGUGGAGAAGAAGAUCCAACAUGAAAGCCUUGUGAUUGGUGCUUUGGAGAAUGCCUUCAAGGAAAUGGAUGCCCAAAUUGAGAAGGAAAAAGCUAUAUACAAUAUCUCUGGUGGCUGUACAGUGCUUGUAGUGGUCUUCCUGCUGGGAAAGCUGUAUGUUGCUAAUGCUGGGGACAGCAGAGCCAUUAUAAUUAGAAAUGGAGAGAUAAUUCCUGUGUCCACAGAGUUUACUCCUGAGUCAGAGCGACAAAGACUUCAGUUCCUUGGUUUCAUGCAGCCCCAUCUGUUAGGAGGAGAGUUCACACACUUGGAGUUCCCCAGAAGGGUGCAAAGAAAGGAAGUGGGCAAGAAGAUGUUGUACCGGGACUUCACCAUGACUGGCUGGGCUUAUAAAACCAUUGAAGAUGAGGACCUCAGAUUUCCUCUGAUAUAUGGAGAAGGAAAAAAGGCGCGAGUGAUGGCCACCAUAGGAGUGACACGUGGUUUAGGAGACCAUGACCUCAAAGUCCAUGACUCCAACAUCUGUAUUAAACCCUUUCUGUCCUGCUUUCCAGAGGUAAAAGUAUAUAACCUGACUCAAUAUGAGCACGGAGCGGAUGAUGUGUUGGUGAUGGGAACUGAUGGCCUGUGGGAUGUCCUUUCCAAUGAGGAAGUAGCAGAGACUGUCACCUCAUUCCUGGUCAACUGUGAUCCUGAUGACCUUCACAGGUACACAAUGGCAGCCCAAGACCUGGUAAUGCGAGCCAGAGGAGUUCUCAGGGACCAGGGCUGGCGAAUCAGCAAUGAUCGGCUUGGCUCCGGGGAUGACAUCUCUGUUUAUAUAAUUCCUCUAAUGUAUGGUAAUCGUCAGCUGUAGUGUAGGGUACUAUUUUAUGUUUAAAUUUCCUUCCUCACCUCACUUUUUGGAUCAGCAUAAUGAUCAGUCUAAUAUGAGCAGUCAUCCUCUGUUGUAACAACCAUCACAACAAUUGAACAUUUUUAGAUGUUUUGUUUGUUUGUUUGUUUUUAUCCAUUUUGUUGUCACUUCUGAGGAACUAUAAAGCACCACUGUGAACAUGUUUGCGGUAGGUGGUGUGGGAAGAAGUUAUAUAUAGGCAGCGGUUAUUUGCACCAAGUCUAAAUAGCGACUGAGGCUAUUUACACUAAGUGCAAAUAGCAACAGAUGCUAUUUACACUCAGUAAAAAUAGCAUAUUUUCUUAGUGAUAGAUGCUAUUUACGCUAAGUGCAAACAGCAGUGGGGUUUAUUUACACCAAGUGCAAAUAGCUAUAGAUUCUAUUUACACUAUGUUAAAACAGCAGGAUUUUCUGAUAUAUGUAGGUUUGAGUGGGGGAAAAUGCCCCCAUGGGGUAAAACGCCCCCUACUGUUUUUCCCAAAAUAUCCACAAGAUAAAGUCAAGAUAAAUGUUUAUUGUAACUAUGGACUACCUUGGUAAGAGUGGUGCAGAAGUAUUCAACAUGAAGCUUACACUGGUAAUGUACCUGAGAGAAAACAGAUUUCAUAGUAAAUUAUAUAAAUUUUAGCUGUAAGAAAAAUGUGUUUUAAAGCUUGUUGUUUUGUAGAACAUCACAGUUAAAAAUGACAUGAGAACAAUAGGGCCUGUAGAUAGGGACUACAUGUUAUUUAAUAAAAAUAUAUUUUCAGAAUGACAUAAUUUUUUUUUCUCAAGCAUAGUCAGUGGGUUAAAACGCAAUGGGCUAACAUUUUUUUUCAAAUAGGCUAUUAUAAUUUUGUAAUUAAUGAUAAUUGAUUGUAUUCUUUUUAAUUUCAAGCCAAAAUUGCCUGUACUCUGAAUUUGCAGUAAAUGUUUAAAGUAAAUUCUAUGUCAGACUGGGGGGCAUUUUAUCCCACCCAUGGGAGUAUUUUACCCCACCUGUAGGGCAAAAUGCCCCAUUGGUACAAAUUUAAUUUUUGUUAAAUCUAAUAACAUGAAAACUCUGGACAUUUUUCAUACUUGAAUUAAAAUUUAUGUUAUUGUCACUAAAACUAUGAUAACAUUUCAAAACACAUUUAACUUUUCUUACAUAGAAAAAAAUUAAACCACUCUACCCUAAUACUUAUUCCAAAUAAAAAUCUGUGCCUCAGUAUUGUAGUACAUUAUAAAACAGUAUACAAUAACAUAUUGAGUGUAAAUUAUAGUUUUAUUAUAUAAUCAUAAUUCAAAUUAUUAAAUGAAUGCCACCUUAUUGGGAUAAUAAAGCCCACUCUACACCUACCCUAACCCUAACCCUUUUCAAUUAUUUCCUUCAUUUUUAUUGAAAAUAAAUGCCUUUCUGACAUGAUAAGAGAUUUAAAAAGAGAGGGAAAAAAAGGUCACCAAUAGGUGGAUGCAAACCCAGGUUAAUCGGGUCAAAAAGACCAAAAAGACUAUAGUACACGCUUUACCAACUACGUCACUGAAGUUGUUAUUUAGCAAGCAUCUUUUGUAAUGUUGACUAUCCCAAUCACAUGUUCGUGGGCAGAGUUAGUGUAAAUAGCCUCUGCCAACAAAGAGAGCUAUUUGCACUUAGUGUAAGUAGACACUCCGUUAUAAGCAAGUCCUUUAGUUUUAAUGUGGUUAUUUAAAUAGUCUGUUAAUACUUAUGUUGUAUUUAUGUUUGCUCUAAGAAUCAAGCUCUCUUUUCCUCUCCCGAAUUCCCCCAUAACAUUGUUGUUAAACAUUCACCAUAAAUACUACAUUACAGUAAUUGCAGGUGACAUUUUAUUUUUUGUGAGUACCUCAUUCAGGCUAAAAUCUGCACGGGCACAAGACCAUAAUUCCAUAAAAGAAUCAUAAUUUCCACAAUCGUAAUUCCAUAAUCAUAAUUAUACAUUAAUUGUAUUAUAAUUCUCAGGGACCAGGGCUGGGGAAUCAACAAUGAUGGGCAUGACAUAUAGUACUUACAUGUUUAAAUAGGCGGAGCAAGAUACUGCAUCACACUGUGACUGGGUUUACAGGGUCAAUACAACUGACAGAAUCCCAUAGUAUUAAAAGUUAAUUCAAACACUGAAUCCUUGCCCUUAAAAACUGAAUAGAAAAAUAUCACACAAUAUCUGCAUGUUGACAUCUGCUAAAUCCAAGGUACCAUUAACCAAAAUACCCUAUAGAUUGAUUGAAAAGUAAGUAAGUAACUAUUUAGAAUUAUUAUUAGGUAAAUUAAAUUUUUGUUUUAACAACUGAAAUAAUUUUAGAGUGCCACUGUCAAAUAACUGGUCCAACUCCAAGAUUCCCCUCAGUUCCCCUUAGCAAAAGCCAAUGUUCUGAAUAGCAGAGGGUAGGUCAGGGUUGAAUGAAAUACAAAUACAAGAUUUAAGGAUAAAAUAUAUGGAACAUUCAAAUACUUCAAAACAUCUUUCCAUACUAGGAGCAUGUUUGAUACUAACUUGCAGUAGGAAUGUUCUUAAAUGCCAAGUGAGGAAAAAAUAACUGACAAUAUAAUGUUAAUUAAUUUAGUUAGACAUACUGUAGCUGUCUUCCUAAACACUUCAUCAGUGUAUGUUGUUUUAUUUUUUGUUUGUACAUGUAUAAUUUCCUAAAUCUUUAUAAUAUAUCUUUUUUUUUUAUUAUUGUUAUUUUUAGUAAGGAACCGUAUUUGUUUUGCUAUUCUAAAUGUACAAUUAUAGUUUUAUGUAGUUUCUUUCUUUUCACCACUUGAUGCCAAUGCUAUUCUCUAACAAAAAAGUAUCAAAACUUUGUUUGGACAUGUUACCAUAUUAAUACCAUCUUUUUUGGGUAUUAUGUACCAUGGUAAUACCAUUGCAUUUUUUAAAAUUUACAUUUAUACAUUGUUUUAUCUAAAGCCACUUAUGUUGCUUUAAAGUAGGUAUAUAUAUAUUUUUUUUACUUCUUUCUUUGGGUACCAAACCCAAGACCCUAGCAUUCCUAACUACUAUGUACUUACAUUUAAAUUAAUCAGUUGAUACAAUGCACUUACAUGCGUACAUACAUGUUUUUACAUUGUACUUAUAUUUUAAAAAUUACCUGCGUGCGAUUACAUCUGUAAUUAAUUUCUGUAAUUACAUUCACACUGUUUACCCAUCCUUUACACUUUAACCCACACUUAAACAUACCCAUACCACCAAACCUGUCCCUAACCUUAUCACUCCUCAAUGAAAGCAAAAGUGUUUUGCAAUACAAUAUGAACACAAUAAUUACACUGUCCUUGGUUUUUUUUGUAACUAUAUAGUAGUUAAGGCCACCUAACAUAGUGGAACCCAAUCAAAAAAUACUUUUAUUUCAAAUUAUGAAUGAUUAUUGAUGUAAUUAAAGUUAAAGAUCUACAUCAAAACCAAAUUCAUUAUAAAUGUCAUAAUGCAGCAAAAAUCAUAGUAUUAUAGUGAGAUUAAAAAUUGUGUUUGUUUUUAUUUUCACUAUUGUUUUCAGUCUGAUAUCACAAUCACAUUAAUGUCAUAAUAAUAUUGUUAGUGGUAUCUUACUGUGAAAAGUUCAUUACUAUUGUAAAGAAAAGUCAGAGGGAUCAAAAUACUUUUAUACAUUCAAAAUAAAGUGUACACUGUAAAAAAAAAAGUAAUUUUACGGAAAAUAACUGAUUUUUUCAGGUUGUUUUCUUUUAUUUUGAAUUGCAGUCAAAACUCUGUAAAAUGAUCUCUAAAUUGAAAACUUGGCUGUUAUUUUAAGUAUUAUGACAUUAAUUACAAAUUACAGUAAUUUAAGUAUUAUGACAUUAGUUACAAAUUACAGUAAUUCACAUUUUUUAUACUGAAAAACUGCUGUUUUUAUACAGUAUGUUUUCUGUUUUCUUAAAUUACAAACAAAUAAUGUAAAAUUACAAAAAAAUAUGUAAUUAAUACAAUAACAAAUCCAUUAGAUGAUAAAACGGUCAAAUGACUGGCAGUAAAGUAAAAUCUCCUUAUUUAAAUAAGUUGACAAACACUGUUAUUUUACAGGUAUUUCCUGAAUUUAAUGAUCAAGCACCUUGACUGUAGAACAAAAGGCAAAAAACGGUCAAAUGACUGGCAGCACAGGGUGCCAAACAAAAACCUUAAAAUUAAAGUCAAAUCUCUUUAUAUAAAUAAGCUAACAACACUGUUAAUUUACAGGCAUUCCCUAAAUUAUUACAAACAAACACCUUCACUGUAAAAUUAACUUAUUAAUUAAUUAAUUACUUAAAUGUCACAUGACUGACAGCAACAGAACAUGAAACACUAACAGAUCUCAGCAUCUAGUCUGACUUUAUUUCUUUCAUACAAAACUUCUUAUUGAGAAUUAACAGAUGUUUAUAUGUUAAUGUUUUUAUUGAAAAUAAUAAAGUUUGAAGUCACCAUUGUGGAGAUA